CAUUUCAAUAAGUUAAUUCAUUGGGCAAAAUGGUGGUUAAAGUAUAUGGUGCCACCUAUGCAGCUUGCCCACAGAGGGUUAUGGCUUGCCUUUUCGAGUUAGGAUUUCAAUUUGAUCUCAUAAAAAUUGAUCUUCAAUCUGGAGAGCAGAAACAACCACAAAAUCUACUUAGACAGCCCUUUGGACAAGUCCCAUCCAUAGAGGAUGGAGAUUUCAAGCUUUUUGAAUCUAGGGCCAUAAUCAGGUACUACGCAGGAAAAAGCGCAAGCCAAGGUGGCACAAAUCUAUUGGGAGAAACAUUAGAAGAGAGAGCCUUGGUGGAGCAAUGGAUGGAAGUAGAAGUGAACAACUACAAUCCAUUGAUUUACACAAUGGUCCUCCAGCUUGUGGUUUUACCCCAACAGGGCCAAGUGGGCGACAUGGAAUUAGUCAAAGAUUGCAAGGGUAAAUUGGAGAAAGUGCUCGAUGUGUACGAGGAGAGGCUGUCCAAGAGCAAAUAUUUGGGUGGGGAGAGGUUCACCAUAGCAGAUCUGACCCACCUUCCAAACACCAGGUUCCUGAUGGAGGAAGGAGGUAUGGAGGAUUUGAUCAAACGGAGGAAAAAUCUCCAUAAUUGGUGGCUUGAUAUUUCCAGCCGUCCAUCAUGGCUAAAGGUCAUGGACCUCCCAAAAUAAUUAGGUUUUCCAUUUAUUUUGAAGAAUAAACAAUUACAUAAGUCGGCUCGUUGUUUGGUUAAUUUGUUACAAGUAAUCUACUUAUGUUUUCAAGGGAAAAUUCAUGUUAGUUACUGAA